AUGGGCAGCAGUACCACGCAAAGGCCGCUGUCCGAAGUAAGCCCGAUGGCUCAACGACGAAACUCCCCAAGUUGGAAUCAGAGUACCAAAAUGAAGUCCCAAGAAGCAUCAGCGUAUGAAGCACCCGCAUCACCGCGUCUUUUCUGGCAGGGCCGUGAGUCGGGCUCUCCCUUUCCCAAGAGCUCGGAGAACCAGAGCCCUUAUGACCCAGACGCCUCGUUCUCGCCAUCCAAGCGUCCCUCCCUUGAGAAUCUCAAGCGCGCCUCGAGGGUCAAGAACAGCAACAUGUUCCGCGAUCACAACCAGGAGUACGAUCCGACCAAUGUCUAUGUUCCACAGAGGCCCUUGGCCACUAGUCGCUCGCCACAGAAGCAGGCCUCAAAUGCGCCCCCUGCGCGACAGGCAGAGUCCCACGACAGUAACCCGAGCGGGCCCCGCCCCCCUUCUCCGAGCAAGGACCAAGUCCCCCCAGCGAAGUCUUCCCUGUCGCGAGCCAGUCGCUUCGGGUUCAGAGACGCAUUUGACCCCGAAAGUGAGAUUUGGUCUGACAUUGAUGGAAGUCGACAUGCCAAAAGCGUGACGUUCGACGCCGCUCAGCCCCAGGUGCACGAGUACGAAAUGACCACGCCUGAUCCGUCCUCCAUCGCUUCUGGCUCCCGCGAAGGCAGCUAUGAUUCAGAAGAGGAUGAAGGGGAUAUCAGUUUUGAUCGCGAAUCCUCCCUCGACCGUGAUGACAGUUUCGAUGCGUCCUUGGAAGACCUCGAGAAGACCCCAGUUGUCCUGCCCGAAGACUGGCGAUACAUGAGUCCCGCCAGCGCAAACGACGAUCUGGUGAAAGACGAAGAAGAUCCUUUUACGGAAGACGACGAAAACCACAGCCCCGACCCGCGGCCAUCCACGCAGCAAGGUCCGCCUGUCCAACAUGCUCGCGUCGAGUCGCUGGACUCCAAUGGCGAACGCCGUCCCUUGCCCCCGCUUCCUCCAACCAAUCGCCCGUCCUUUGGCCAGCGCGGCUCGUCUCCACAGAAGCUGUCUGCAGCCUUUGAGCUGGCAAGUGGAGGUCAGCGAGUGUUGCCGUCUCCUCCGGGCCCCGCCACGUACAGCAAGUCGGAUAUCACUGAACGUGCUCGUGCAUCCAUGUCUCUGGAAGAUAGGCUACGUCUCAUGAUGAUCCAGGAAAACGAACGGAAGAGCAAAGACUCAGACCACGCGGAUCACCAGGCGCCCAAGCCAGACACAGAGACUGAACAUGACCUAAUUAGCGACUUCGAGGACGAUGACAAGAUUUCAAACCCAGAGGAGGCUGCCAAAGAUCACGAUGAAGAGGCUACGGAGGUAUUCUCUCCUCCGCGCAUCUCCCGGGAUUCCAUUCUGAGAGACAUCCGUAAGAGUGAGAGCUAUGUCGACGACUCCUUCGAGGAGGAUUCGCAGAUCGAAUCAAGCCCCCACCACUAUAUGCAUUACGACCCUGACGUCCCCAUCCCAUCCCUGGAGGACGAUGAUGACGAAUACCACGAUGACGACGAUGAUGACCAGAGCAGCGUGGUGAUAAAGCCCGAAGAGCACGAUGACGAUCUUUAUGACAUUCCGGAGUAUUAUGAAACUGUUCAGUCUCAAGCUUCUUCCUCAAAAAGCCUGAAAGACCAUUUGCCUUCCAACGAGGAGGGCGAUCAGCCCAGCUUGCCUCAAGAGGACGAAGUCAGGGCGCCGCAGAGCGAGUCACAAGAGUCCGAAGACAGACAAUCCACACCUGUUCCUGAAGUACGAGAGGAGCCUGCUGCCGAGCAAUCGCAAGCAGAACCAGAGCCAGAACCCCAACCCAAAGAACUGUCGGCUCCAAAGAUGGCAGCCAUGAGGGAAGCGCUGCAGCGACCCUCGACACCGGAUAACCAGGAUCAAAUCUCAGAACCUUCGACCCCUGAGUCCGUUAUACGACACCCUAUUGAUGAAGAGUUCACCGACGAGGAGGUAUCUGCUGAUGAGAGUGUGCCAGACCCAGUUGCCACCAUCAAGGCCCCUGGAACUGGUCUAAAGACCCGUCCAUCCCUCACCCCUGCGGACGUUGAGCAGAUGGCUGCGACGCGCCGCAAGGUUAGCGGACAACCACCUCCGCCCAUGCCCCAGCUUACCAAGCAGAACUCGAACGACUCGCAGGCCUCUGCACCGGAGGAGGAACACGAGGAGGAUACACAAACAGAGACCGCCAAGGAACCGAGUCGGAGACAACCCAGUCUCAUGAAACUGGAUAUCCCAUUCAGCAUCCAGGAAGAGGAGAGCCUCGGAUUCGGCUUGGAUAAGGAGUUCGAUCGAGUGAUCGAGUCGCAAAAGAGAGGUUACCUUAUGCGACAUAACACGAAGGUUAUCAUCGCCAGUAGCCGCAAUGAGGAUGAAGCGGCAGUUGGAGGUGACACUCCUGCAGCGGCCCGGGCCGCACCAACGGCGCGCAAGCCUAGUCAGCAAACGUGGACUACGGUGCCGUGGAACGGACAGACUCGCCGAGCGAGUAUGAGGACUUCCAGUGGCAUGGUCCGGAAGAAGCCCGUCAGCGGACCCGUCCCACCACUUCCAGGCCAGCAGAGCAGCGUUCAGGAGCCCCCGGCGACCAUUGAGGAGACCGAACCUGCGUUGAAUGGUGCUCUGGAGGAGGGCGAAGAACGUGGUCGCCUCUUCGUCAAGGUAGUCGGAAUGAAAUAUCUCGAUCUGCCGCUGCCACGGGGUGAGAGAUCGUACUUUGCCUUAACCCUGGACAAUGGCCUUCAUUGUGUUACCACUGCCUGGCUGGAACUGGGCAAGACCGCUCCCAUCGGUCAGGAGUUUGAGCUCAUCGUGCAGAAUGAUCUCGAAUUCCAACUGACCCUCCAGAUGAAGGUGGACGAGGAGAAGAUGCGUGUUCCAGAGCCUGCUCCACCAGUUUCACCCACAAAGCAGAAAGCCUCCACCUUCAGUCGGGUUUUUGCUUCACCCCGGAAGCGCAAGGAGCUUGAUAUGAAGCAACAGCUGGCGUCGCAACAAAACAAGACUCGCGACGUCAACGCUCCCGUAUGGGACCGGCUGAGAACGCUCAUUGCUCGCGAUGGAAGCUUCGCACGCGCCUAUGUGUCCCUCAGUGACCAUGAAAAGCACGCCUUUGGCCGGCCUUACACAGUGGACGUGGCAUGCUUCAACGAGUGGGCUGUUGAAGAGCAGCCCAGCAGUGUAAAGAGCAAGAAGAGUACCAAUAGUACUACUUCCCAGAGACGUCCCCCCUACAAGAUUGGCAAGCUCGAGCUGCAGCUUCUAUUUGUGCCGAAGCCCAAGGGCGCCAAGGACGACGACAUGCCCAAGAGCAUGAACGCAUGCAUCCGGGAGAUGCGUGAAGCCGAAAGUGUAUCCUCCCGCAGUUGGGAAGGGUUCCUUUCUCAGCAAGGUGGUGAUUGUCCAUUCUGGCGUCGUCGCUUCUUCAAGCUCCAAGGGUCCAAGCUGACCGCAUACCACGAGACCACCCGCCAACCUCGCGCAACCAUCAACCUUUCUAAAGCAGUCAAGCUUAUUGAUGACCGGUCUUCUUUGACUCAGAAGGAGACUACAACGCGAGGUGGUGGCCGUCGCAAGUCAGCCUUUGCCGAAGAAGAGGAGGGCUACAUGUUUGUUGAAGAGGGAUUCCGCAUCCGCUUUGGCAACGGCGAAGUGAUUGAUUUCUACGCCGACAGCGCGGCCGACAAAGACGGAUGGAUGAAGGUGCUGGCGGACGCCGUCGGCAAGGGAUCUUCUGGCAGCAGCCAAGUCAAGGCCUGGACGGAGAUGGUUCUCAAGCGGGAGCGAAGCAUGAAGGUGAAGCGGACAAGCACCGCAGCUCCUCCGCCACCCGCCAAAGACAGUGCCAUCCCUGUUCCAACGACCCCAUCGGCGCGGGCGCCACCUGUGGGUCGUCCUGGCCACAAGCACACUCAGUCACAGCCAGAAGUUCGCGGUCUGGAUGCUCGCCGGCAGAAGACGCGGUCCCUGAUGUUCUAG